AUGAUAUCAAGUAAUUCUACUGAUCAUGAUAUUGAUUAUGGUCUUAGUGAUAUACUUCUUUUUCGUCUUAUCGUUUGGGGAUAUGCUGGUAUGGCAUUAAGUAUAUUUGGUAUUGUUGGAAAUAUUAUUACCAUACUUGUACUUAUGUCACCAUCGUUACGUACAACAUCAACAAAUAUCUAUUUAAUUGCAUUAUCAUGUUCAAAUAUAAUUUUUCUUCUUAUAUUUGUUCCAUCGUAUUCAAUAAGAUAUUUACUAGGUUAUAAACUUUAUAUGUCAAAUCAACCACCAUUUGCUUUUGAAAUUCUUCUAUCACGUAUACCAACAACUCCUAUUUAUAAUACAAUACUCUUAUCAAUUAUAUAUUUAACCAUAGCUGUAUCAACUGAUCGUCUUAUAUUAAUCAAGUUUCCAUUAAAAGCAAAACAUAUAUUAACAAAACGUGUAACAUUAACGACUAUUUUAUUCAUUUAUAUUUUUUCUAUUGUUUAUUGUAUUCCUUAUUGGUUAGAACAACAGUAUGUACCAGAAGUACAACAAUGUCGUCUUACAAAUAUAGGUAAAAAAAUUUAUAAAUAUACAAGAAUAUAUGUUUAUAUACCUGUGGUGUAUUUCAUACCAUUCGUUACAUUAACUUGUAUUAAUAUAACUAUAAUACAAAAUUUAAUUGCCAAGAAACGUCAAAAAUUAAGUUUAUGUGGAAAAGGAAAUAGAAAAGUAACUGCUGAUUAUCAUAUAACAUUAAUGCUUGUUGCAAUAAUUAUUGUUUUUGUUUUAUGUCAAUUACCUUUACUUGUAUUAAAUGCUUGGUAUGCUAUUGAUCCUCAUGGUUCAUAUGAAAGUUUAAGAUUUCAUACAUUAAAUUCAAUUGGAAUAUUAUUAACUGUAUUUAAUACAUCAACAAAUUUUUUACUUUAUUGUUUUUUUGGUCAAAAAUUUCGAUCAACAUUAAUUCAAUUUAUUUUAAAAAUUUUUUCAAAACAUUCAAAAAAAUUUAAUAUACAUACACAAACUUUAAAACAAAAUAAAUUACCAUUAAAAAUAUUACAUCAAGGUAUAUCAACAAAUUAUUCUUCAACAACAAUAACAAAUGAUUCAAAACUUUUUAAAAUUAAACCAAUUGAUUUCAAUCAACGAACAUCAACUGAAGUAUCUGCAACAUUAGAUCAAAGUUUAACUAUAACAGAUAAAGAAGAAUCACAUCCAUUAUUAAAAACUAUGACAAUUCAUUCUAAAGAUUCAAUUGAACAUAUAACUACGAUUGAAGAAAAAUCUCAAUCAAAAUUUAAUGAAAAUCAAAUAAUGGCAUUAAUGGUUGAACAGACAGAAAAAUCUAUUGUGGUGCUACAUUAUUAA